CGGUAUUGGCCCGCUUAGCGUUCAACGUCCUUUGGCUUGCUUACCUAAACCUGAGGUAGCAUUACAUUACCUAAAAAAGUGUAUCUGUUAGGUACAUGUACAGCUUUCAAUGUUUUGCUGGCCAGGCCAGAUUGCAGCUAGCGCAUUUGGAGAUAACGUACCUGAACAUUUACUAGGAAAUCUGGCCGUUAGUAUCCAUCACCACAUCACUUGCACCUUCAAUUACUUCCCGCUCCUUUCCUUAGCAAGCCAACAAUUCAACUUUUUCCCUUUCGACAAGACACUUCUUUCUUGCCUUUCUACGAAUUCAUCUACCUCAAUCGCAACUUUACCAUCAUCUCCACCAUCCACCCACCCACAAUGUCCGACAUUCAAGAUAUCCUCGAAAUUCCCAGGGACUUCGUCAAGGACGGCACGCAAUUCCUGACGCGAUGCACUAAGCCCGACAAGCGCGAGUUCAUCCAGAUCAGCAAGGCCGUCGGUGUUGGUUUCCUAGUCAUGGGCGCAAUUGGCUACUUGAUAAAACUAAUUCACAUCCCCGUCAACAACAUCCUAGUCGGAGCCGCAUAAACGAUUCAAGAGAGAUGGAUUUCGAGGCGCGGAGUUGGGUUGGCUAAGGUGCACGAAAACAGGACAGAUGUAUAGUGAAGACCGGGACGAAGAAAGACUUCCAUAAUACUAUACUACAUGUCGGUAUUAGUGUGGCAUUAUACGAUAUAUGAUUGAUCAUCGCGGUCGAGAUCGAGGAAAAGCUAUAGGUAUUGCUCGAUUAUUCCAUCACAAAGGGAGAGGCAAGCUUGAGGUCAUAAAAAGCGCUCCUGUAUUUGCUCUACCUGCGUUGGCAUCUCUCUAGACCAUUGUAUAAAAUUGCUUUUCAGUGCUUCAUGAAA